AUUAAAUAACUGCGCUGUAAUCACAAUCUGACAUAUGUGCUUCUCAUUCAACUCAGUUUGAAACCCUCUUUGACGCAAAGUGGUAGCGUCCACAAGGCGCGAGCCUCCAAAUUGCUCUCGUUAGGGGUAAAAAUCGACAACUCAUCAAAAUGGAGGAGGAAAGAAUGAAUGAGCAGAACGCAGAGGAGGUAAAGACGUUGGAGGAAGUAAAGAUGUUGGAGGACAACAUCCGGCAUCUCCAGGCAGAAGUGGCGGACCUGCAGCGACAGCGUCACAGCCUGCAGGAGGACCUCAGCCAACCCAUGCGGGACGCACUAUCGCUUUUGUGCGGACGCAAGCUAAAAGGGGGCGCCCAUCAGGUCCUGUCCAGUCUGAGGGAAGAGGUGGACCAGCUGGAGGAUGAGCUGCGGCGUCAGAGCCGCAUGAACGGCAUCAGUUUGAAGAGCUGCACUUCACGCACACUUCAAAGCGGCAGCACAAAGUCAGUGCAGAUGUGUGUCUUUGGUCAGUGCUCAGAGUUGGAGUUCCAGGUGGAGUUCCAGCUCUCAGAGGUCAAGACGGGCGAGCGGCCCGAAAAGACGAUCGACAGUCUGAAUGUGGUGAUGGGCGACUGCGACCUGCAGAACUCCAGCAGUUUCCUCUCUGGGGUGAAGGAAAGCAAGGACCUCCUGCUGUUCUUUAGGACACUCAGGACCUUUGGAGAAAGGAUGGAUGAGCGACGCCGCACCUUUCAGCACUUCCAGGCUAAAUAUCCAAAUGUGGUUUGUGUUCCGGGCGGAUGCAGUUCACCAGUGCUGACUCUUAAUCAUCCUCAGCUUCCAGGAUGCACGUUGCUGGUGCACUGGUUUGUGGACGUGUCCAAGGAGGGCAAAGUUGCACCAAAACUGGACCUGCUCACCAAGAUCCCAAACCGAGCGCUGCAGCUGUUCCCAUCUCAGGCCGUAGGCGGCGCCGCCGAGGCCUUCCACAGCCUGUUGAGGCUGCUGGGGCCCGAAGCCGCCUUGGAGGAGGUCAUCCGGGCCGCGGGACUCAUUACGCACGACUGAAAGAAUGGAAACGCCCUUGAUAUUAUGAGUCUCCUGGGGGGGGGGGGGAGCAAAAAAGAAGGAAAAUAUUAUUGUAUACUAUUGUACUUUAUGUUAAUAAAACAGUUAUAACAAAUAUGAUGUACAGAA